AAAUGAAAUGAGCUAGGUUUUCAGUUCCACAAAUCAAACGAGUUUGUUGCAAAGAGAAGCAAAGGGUGAAAGGGAGCGGCACGGAAAGGUAGCAGAGACAAUUUUGAUAAUGGAGGCGGCGGAAGCCAGAGUGUGCGUGACUGGGGCAGGAGGAUAUCUUGGAUCCUGGCUUCUGCAUCUCCUCCUCUCCAAGAACUACACUGUCCAUGGAACCGUCAGAGAGCCCUCUGAUGCUAAGUACGGUCACUUGAAGGAACUUCCAAACCCCUCCAAUCUCAAGCUCGUCAAAGCGGAAUUGCUGGAUUACAACUCCAUCUACUCAGCUGUUGAAGGAUGCAGCGGAGUGUUUCAUGUUGCCAGUCCUGUUCCCUCUGCCUCCGUAUCCAAUCCUGAGGCAAAGGCCGAGGUAAUUGAGCCAGCGGUGGGUGGUACCCUGAAUGUACUCAAAGCAUGUGUUGAAGCAAAGGUGAAGAGGGUUGUUUUUGUUUCAUCUGGAACUGCAGUUUCCAUGAACCCCAGUUGGCCCAAGGAUCAAGUAAUGGAUGAGACUUGUUGGUCUGAUAAGGACUACUGCAGAUCGAUUCAGAACUGGUACCGUCUCUCCAAGACAGAAGCUGAGGGUCGAGCUUUUGAGUUUGCUGAAGCCAAUGGCCUCGACUUCGUCAGUGUUUGUCCCACUUUUAUCUUGGGGCCAAUCCUGCAACCUGCUGUGAAUGCAAGUAGUCUUGUUCUCCUUAGGCUUCUCAAAGAAGGGCAUGACUCGACGGGUAACCAGUGUCGAACCAUGGUGGAUGUUCGCGAUGUAGCUGAAGCAUUGCUUCUGGCAUAUGAGAAUGCUGAGACGCUGGGGAGAUACAUAUGUGCAGCUCAUAUGAUAUCAACCCAGGAGAUGGUUGAGAUACUCAAGGGCUUGUAUCCCAACUACAAAUACCCUGAAAGUACUCUUAUCAGCCUUUGGCAACUUACUUUAGAAUGGGGAGGAUGUUGGCUUGAGCCUCGUAUAUUUAUGUCUGUCGUCGACCAAUGUGGACUGCAGCUUCAUCACGGGAGCAGAGAGGGUGGAGCUGAGUUCCCAAAAGUUGCAGAGACUUGGAUGGAGUUACCGUCCAGUGCAAGAAACGCUUGUGGACUCUGUGGAAAGUUACAGAAAGGCUGGAAUCUUGGAUUAAUUUUAAGACGCCACAACGCCAUCUCGACGGCGGCACGCUAGCACUUCUUAGACUUCUUGUGGUAGUUUUCAUUGGUCGAUAUCACUGAAGAUGGUAGCUAUCGUCCCCAAAUGGACAAUUGCAGAUAGAGUUCUCGAAACAGAGUCCAAUGUGAGUAUCUCGUUUGAUGUACCCAGUUUGUAAUAUUGGCUGACUUGUAGUUGUAAUUCCACUUACUAAUAAUCCGACUGCCUUGUAACUUUACUGAACCGCAGUUCGAUUGAACCGCAAUUCGAACAAUAUGAUUGAUUCGAAUGAAUUAUGAAAACUAAAACCUAAAUGUGAUUUCAACUAAUGGUCCCAUCC